GCGCGGGGCGGGGCGGGGCGGCGGCGGCCUCCUCCUGCUAAGCGGUUUCGCGGCUGUGGCGGCGGCAGCGGCAGCUACGGCGUCGCGAUGGUGUGCGGAGGCUUCUCCUGCUCCAAGAACUGCCUCUGUGCCCUCAACCUGCUCUACACGCUGGUCAGCCUGCUGCUAAUUGGAAUUGCAGCAUGGGGAAUCGGCUUCGGUCUCAUCUCUAGUUUCAGAGUCGUUGGAGUGGUCAUUGCAGUAGGAAUCUUCCUCUUCCUUAUUGCCUUGGUCGGAUUGAUUGGUGCAGUGAAACAUCAUCAAGUGUUGCUGUUCUUUUACAUGAUUAUUCUUUUGCUUGUCUUUAUUGUCCAGUUUUCUGUCUCCUGUGCCUGUUUGGCACUAAACAAGGAACAGCAGAGUCAGCUUCUAGAGGUUGGAUGGAAUAACACUAACAGUGCAAGAGCAGAUAUUGAGAGAAACCUGAAUUGUUGUGGGUUCAGAGCUUUUAAUCCAAAUGAAACCUGCUUCUCUGAUUGUUUUAGAAGUCACCAGUGUCAGCCAUGUGCACCAAUAAUAGAAGAAUAUUCUGGGAUGGUGCUGAGAUUUGUUGGAGGCAUAGGACUCUUCUUCAGUUUCACAGAGAUUCUGGGAGUGUGGCUGACAUACAGAUACAGGAACCAAAAGGAUCCUCGUGCAAACCCCAGUGCAUUUCUUUGAGUUUAUGAAGGACUGAAUCUUCUUUCUGCACUCUCUACUUCAAAAUAUUGAUUCUUUGUAGUUGUGGAAUCCCUAUUACAGAGAAAUACCAAUGUACCCAAAAAGAAAACUUAAUUUCCAUGAGCAAUCUGUACUUUCCAUAUUUAACAUCCCAUUUUUUUCUUCUUAGAGUCUCUGUCUUGAAGUACAUUGGUGCAUUCAGUAGCUGGGCAGAGUCAGAUUUCUCCUCUGAGCUGGUUAAAUAACUCUGCUAAGACUUUGGUAAUCAGUGUGGUGAACUCUGUGCAGUGAGUUUCAUAAGCACUGCUGGCUUCUCGAAAAAAGGCCCAAACCAAACAACCAAAACAACAACCCAGAAGUGUUUCCUGUUGUAUUUGUUGAUUACAAAAAUUCAGAAGAUUUCUCAUUAAAAUGAUGAAAACAUACAAUGGAUGGUUGGAAUGUAUGAUUUGCUUAGGCUUUAGGGUGAGCUCCCACUUUCCUGUUAAGGUAAAACUUAAAGUGCACAUAAAUAUAUGUCAGUGACUACUAUAUUCUUCACCCCUUCUCUUCUUUGUUUGUUUUGGCUUUCUGGUAGCUUUAGAAUUUUGUUGAGAUUAAAAAUAAUUCUUUGCUUCUUAAUGGAUAUCUUCAUGAUGAGAACAAUGAAUGAAGAAAACCAGGAGAAUGUAGUCUGCUGAUGAUUGACUUGAAACUUUUUUUCUUUGACAAGUGAAUGAAGUUUGGUCUUCACACAACAUCAGAAUCAGUAGUGUUUUGUUGUCUUUAAUGUGAGAAACUUGAUGCCUGGGAAAUUGUUGUACAGCUAAUUUUUCAGAUGGUGUAAAAUCAUUGUUGUAAGAACUUGGCAGUGUAUAUUCUUCUGCCAUGCAGCUAACAGUUUUGAGUUCAUGAGAGAUCAAAUGGUUUGUAAAAAAGAAAAAAAGGAAGUGAUGGUUUCCAGUAGUUUGAUUGUGUUUUGCUUUGUUUGCUUCUUUUAAAGGAAAGGAUUAAAGUGCAUUAUCUAUGUAGAAAGUAUUGUCUGAGCUGAAGGAAAGCAUGAUCCCUCUUCCAGCCUGUAGUAUAGAAGUGUUGCAUCAAAUGGAACAGCAGACAUCUAAACCACCCAAGGUACAUAAUGUUACAUUUGGUUCUAGUAACACUGCAGUGCAGACUUGCCCUGCACGAUUUCUUCUGAUAGGCAGCUGCUGUAGCCUGAAUGCCUGCUCUGCAGGAGGAAAGUAAGACCAGUAUUAAUGCCUUCUGCCAAGGAAUGCAGCAGCUGAGUGAGGACAGAGAAAAGUGGGUUCCCAUACGGUCUCCUUUUACUAGGAAGAUGCCUCCUUGCUCCUGCAAAGGAGGCAAAAAGAAGUUGAAAUACCUAUUCACUUUCAGAAUUCCAUGUGUCCAGUGCUCCUAAAGGGGGAAUUCUUUCGAGGUUUUAAACGCUAAAUGCUGAACCUGACUGCAGAGGGACGUGAAGACUUAAGGGCAGCUUCUGUCAAGGUGUAGCUGAAUCUUCGACAUCUGCUGCCAGCGCCAUCUCCUGGUGUUUGCUCUGUGAAUAGCUGCUGCUCUGUGGAGUAUUGAUGUCUGCUUCAAGCAGGUACUUGUACAUUCAGUGUAAGAGCCCACUCGUGUUCUGAAACAUCUUGAGGGCCUUCAGGCCAUUACUGAAGUAUAAAGUAAAUGUAUGCAGCUUUCUCACCGCCAGGUGCUGUCCUGUUUAAGCAACUAACCAGCCAUUGUCAAUCAGUGUCAAGAGGACAGUGGUCAUUUUAUGGCUGUCUUUAGCAACAGUCAAUUUUCCUAGUCUAGACAAGUUCCAUAUUUUGUAAACUAAUAAAUUAAAGGAGGGAUCUUGUGGAGAGAGUGUGUGAAGGUUAAAAUAAUAUUACAUUGCUGCUUCAAUUUUGAUUCUUUUUUUUUCCCUAAUUGUUGUUAGUGCUUAGUUCAGGGUAGAUCUGGUUUCAUAAAUAUUGUAGGUAGUAUUGGAGCGUAAAUGUGCAUCACUGAGAAAAUACUGAACACGUUACUACUUGAGAAACUCAUAUCUCAUAAUGUGAAUUUGAUUUAGUGGUCAAAAGACAGAUCAGUGGAUCAUAUGGUUUGAUUAAAGUUUUUCUAUCCUGUUGAUAAUA